AUGGCGUCGCAAGGGUUUGGCUCGCGCUCAUUCGCCUCGACCAGGCUACCUGACCGGUCUAUGAACGCCAAUCCGACUCCCUUCGCCGCGUCUACCUUCUCCCGCCAACGACUAGGAGCUCCAGGAUCCGGUGACCAAGGAGCCGACGCAGCGAGAUCCUCGCAACAGGCGCCACAGCCACCAGGGCAUUCACAGACCCACGGCCCAUCACAGGACUCGAAUCCCCUGAGUCGAUUAACAGAGGAACAACGGGAAGAGAUCAAUGAAGCUGUAGGACCCCCUUAUUGCACUCCCGUUAAAAAAAAGGCGGAAAGGCCAGCUAGAAAGCUAACAUCAACACCCUUCUUCUCAAACCAACAGUUCACCCUCUUUGAUCUCGACCGCGACCAACAUCUAGACUACCAUGAGCUCCGCGUCGCUUUCCGCGCUCUCGGCUUUACUCUCCCCAAGCAAGAACUCAUCUCCCUUCUCACCACCUACGGCGUACCCCGUCCCCAAGUCCAGCAGCAAUCCUCAGCCCAACAACAACAACAGGCUAAGACCGCUCCCGCCACGAAUCCCCAGCACCCGUCCAACCUGCUCAUGCCCCUCUCUGCCUUCCAGGCCGUGACGGCGCUGAAGAUCCUAGAGCGCGACCCCCGGGAUGAGAUUCUGCGAGCGUUCGAGCUCUUUGACGAGGGCGGCAAGGGGUACAUCGAUCUGGAGGAUCUGAGACGGGUUGCGCGGGAGUUAGGUGAGACAGGACUCGAAGAGGAGGAACUGAGGGCUAUGAUUGAGGAGUUUGAUCUGGAGGGCGUGGGUGGUGUCACCCGGGAGGCGUUUGUGAGUAUAUGUUGGCAGUGA